AUGGACAGGGGUGUAGAGACUUCAAAGGGUGGUUGUAGUGAUUCAGGGUAUCUAGGUGGUUGUGAAAGGUCGAGUCAUGGGGCACCGGCAACAGAGAGUGUGCAUAUGUCUGUUGAACAUCCGGUUAGUCAAAGUACUGAUGAUAAUGGUGUAGACAUUAUUGUACCGAGCAAAGAAGAUAUUAUGGGGAAAGAGUUUAAAACGAUAGAAUUAGCGGAAGAAUAUUAUAUGAGUUAUGCAAAGGGUAUUGGAUUUAGUGUGAGGAAAGACAAAAUGAUUCGUAAUUUGGAAGGGAAAGUAUGUAGGAGACGGUGGUGUUGUUAUAAAGAAGGUUUGAGAAAUGAGAAGUUUAAUGAUCGAUCGGAUAGGAUUCGGCAACCGAAGCCAAUUACAAGAGAGAAUUGUCCUGCCCAUUUUUGGGUGGGUUAUGAGAAGAAACGUGAUAGUUACGUCGUUACGAAAUUUGAACCACAUCACAAUCAUGAACUAGUUACUCCACUUGAAUCGCCAUAUCUUCGAUGUAACCGUGUUGUUCGAAAUUCGGAUUUAGCACAAGCAGUGGGAAUGCGAAGAGCAUUGGUUAGAACAUGUCAUACAUAUGAGUAUAUGGUCGACCAAUGUGGCGGGUAUUUAAAUGUUGGUUUUCAAAUAAAAGAUCUGUACAAUAAGUUGGAUGCAUCACGCAGGGAAAUUUUGCUCGACGGUGACACAGAAGCCGCACUCUCUUACUUGAAAGCGAAAGGAGCAAUGGAUCCAGAAUUCUUUUGUAAGUUUAGUGUUGACGAGGAAAAUAGGCUUGGUAAUUUGUUUUGGAGGGACUCCACUUCACUUUUGGAUUACAUUGCCUAUGGCGACGUCCUCAUAUUCGACAGCACAUACAAAACAAAUAUCUAUGACAAGCCCCUAGUGUUGUUUGUCGGUUCGAACAACUACCGUUCUACUGUAAUGUUUGGUUGCGCAUUAUUGCAUGACGAGACAUUUGAAACUUACAAGUGGUUAUUGGAAACAUUCAUGGCAUCCAUGAAAGAUAAGAAGCCAAUAUCAAUAUUGACGGAUGGCGAUGAGGCCAUGCGUAAAGCCAUUGAUGAUGUGUUUCCCAUGUCUAACCAUCGGUUGUGCUCAUGGCAUGUGUCAAGGAAUGCACAGACUAACUUGAAGGAUGAUGAAUUGCUAAGAAAUUUUCAGGCAUGUCUUUGGGAACCAUUUGCGUUGGACGAGUUUGAGAAGAAAUGGGAGGUUUUGAGGGAAAGAGCGAGUACUCCAAAACAAAAAGAAUGGUUAGAAACGAUGUAUGCAAAAAGAGACUCAUGGGCUGAAUCAUGUCUUAGAGGAAAGUUUUUCGGUGGUAUGUGCACCACUCAACGCGUGGAGUCCAUGAACAAGUAUGUGAAGGAUUACUUGAGGAAAGGCGUGAAGUUGUUUGAAUGUAUUCCAGCAAUUGAUAGGGCUAUGUUACGUCUUAGGAAUACCACGGCGAAGGAUGGUUUCAACGCAAAGUACUCAACACCAGUCCUUAAAACCGCAUUGACAAAACUAGAGCAACAAGCUUAUCUGAUUUACACGCAUAGGUGCUUUGUAUUGGUACGUGAAGAGAUCGAAGCUUGUUCAGCACUCAUUCAUGAUAAGGUGAUGUAUAAUUUUGGAGGUCGUGUAUACGUAUUGUCAAAAUAUGGUGAACCGCAUAAUAAUUGGACUUGUGUUUACCACGGUGGGGAAAAUAUGCGGAUAGAGUGUGGAUGCCGGAAAUAUGAAAGUGAAGGGAUCCCGUGUUGCCACCUGUUUUAUGUAAUGAAGUGCGAGCACCUUACGGAAAUUCCUCCAACACUCAUAAUGAAGAGAUGGACAAAGAAUGCCCAAAGCGAUACAUGUACAGAAUGUUUCGACAAAGGCAAAGACACUACCAACGAAGGUGUAGAAAUGGCGAGGUAUGGAAGUUUAAGUGCUAUGUCAAACAAAAUAUGUUUUUAUGCAUCGAAGAGUGCAGAUGGUUAUGCCAUGUUGAGAAAUGAGUUUAGUAGAUGGGAGGGAAUUUGUGAAGGCUUACGGGAAAAGGAAGAAGAGACAAGUCUGAAAUUGGGUAGUUCUGGGCAAUGUCCUCUAAAUAUUGUGAAAGAUCCAAAGAUCGUUAAGACAAAAGGCACUCAAGCAAGCCAGGGUGGAACGCGCAAGCGUCGACAAUGUCAUUUGUGUCGCGGAUAUGGACAUACAAAGCGUAAUUGCUCUCAAAGAAACUUGCAUCCAAGUAGAAUUGCUGAGAAAGGGCCGUCCCCGGACAUUAGCUAUCAGUAUAGUACUGAGAAAGGGCCGUCCCCGGACAUUAGCUACAGUUAUGCAAGUGAAACGGUUUCUCAAUCCAGAGGCAACUAUGUGGUUGAUUUGUCCGGUUCUGAUAGUUUUUCUACUGCAGACCGAACGGGUUCUACCCCCAACACUGACGAUGGUUUCUCAUUCGACAAUGGUGAACAUAUUUCCCUAUCUACUGGUUCUACCCAAAACAAUUGUAGUUUUGGAACUUGGUUUACAUGUAACAAUUAA